GGCUCCAGGGGUCAGCAGAGUCUUGCUCUCUGUUAGAAAAGAGAGAGCAGUCUUUGGAUUUAACCCUGCUAAAGAAGUCACUCCAAUGCACUCUGGGGAAGCUGGAGAAGAGCAAGCUGAAACAGUUUAAGAGUAAUCUAAGUCAGAAUUACCCAGAAUACUUUCAGAGUAGCCUGGAGCACCUUGAGGUCCCGGAUGUUGUUGAGAGGAUGCUGAAGAGUUGUGGCAGAGAUAGAUCUCUGAAGAUUACACUACAUAUACUGAGGAACAUGAAUGAGAAGGACUUGACUGAAUCACUUGAGAGUGAUGACUGGAAGAAUACCUCCAUAAUAAGAGACCAACAGAAACUGAAAAGUUCUCUGAACAAGAAGCAUGAAAGCAUAUGUCUAGGUUUAGCAAAACAGGGACACACAGUCCUCCUCAGUGAUACCUAUACAGAACUCUACAUCACCGAAGGGGGAGGUGGGUGGGUCAGCAAUGAGCAUGAGGUGAGACAGAUUGAGGCAGCGUACAAGAGACAGACCAUACAUGAAACUCCCAUUCUCUGCAACGAUAUCUUUAAACCUUUACCUGGUCAAGGAAAGAAGAUCAGAACAGUACUGACAAAAGGCAUCGCUGGCAUUGGAAAAACUGUCUGUGUCCAGAAGUUCAUUCUUGACUGGGCAGAAGGAAAAGCCAAUCAGGAUGUUCAUUUUAUCUUCCCCCUUCCUUUUCGAGAUCUGAAUUUGAAGAGGGAGAAGGAAUUCAGUCUAAUGCAACUUCUCCAGCAUUAUCUUCCAGAAGUAAAACAGAUUAGUAAUGUUCAACAUGAUGAUGUCAAAGUUGUGCUCAUCUUUGAUGGUCUGGAUGAGUGUCGACUUCCUCUAGAUUUUCAGAACAAUCAGAUCCUCUGUGAUGCAACAAAAUCAACAUCAGUGGAUGUGCUACUGACAAACCUCAUCAAGGGGAAUCUGCUUCCCUCAGCGCUCAUCUGGAUCACCUCACGACCAACAUCAGCCAAUCAGAUCCCUCCUGAGUGUAUCCAUCAGGUGACAGAGAUACGAGGGUUCAAUGAUGCACGAAAGGAGGAGUACUUCAUGAAGAGAUUUGCAGAUCAGAACCUGGCCAGCAGAAUUAUCUCACACAUCAAGUCAUCCAGGAGUCUGUACAUCAUGUGUCACAUACCAGUCUUCUGUUGGAUUUCCGCUGCUGUCCUGGAGAGAAUACUGAGUGAAUCAGACAGUGGAGAAAUCCCCAAAACUCUGACUGAAAUGUACACAUACUUCCUUCUCCUCCAGACUAAUGUGAAGAAUCAGAAGUAUCAUGAUACCAAUGAGACAAACCCAAAGAAGAUUCCAGAGUCAGAUGCAGAAAUGAUCCUGAAACUGGGGAAGCUGGCUUUUCAACAGCUGAAAAAGGGCAAUCUGAUAUUCUAUGAGGAGGACUUGAGGGAUGCUGGCAUUGAUGUCAGUGAGGCCUCAGUGUACUCUGGGAUUUGCACAGAAAUCUUCAAGGAAGAGUAUGGGUAUUAUCAGGAGAAGGUCUACUGCUUUGUGCAUCUAACCAUUCAGGAGUAUCUGGCUGCCUUGUUUGUUCUUCAUUCAUCUGUAUACGAGAACAGAAAUGCACUCCGCGCAGAGAAAGCAAGAACUCAGGGUCAGAGAAUUCAGUUGUCAGAGGUACACAGAAGUGCAGUGGAUCAGGCCUUAGAGAGUAAGAAUGGACACCUGGACCUUUUCCUCCGAUUCCUUCUUGGCCUUUCAGUGGACUCCAAUCAGACCCUCCUAGGAGGAAUACUGACACAGACAGGAGGUAUAUCACAUGUACCAGACCCACUGACACAGACAGAAUGCAGAUCACAUGACAUUGAGGAAACGGUGAAGUACAUUAAGGGGAAGAUCAGAGAGGAAUCUUCAGCAGAGAGGACCAUCAAUCUGUUCCACUGUCUGAAUGAAAUGAAUGACAGCUCUCUGGUGGAGGAAAUCCAGACUCCCCUAAAAUCAGGAACACUUUCUGGCAAAAGGCUGGAACCACACCAAUGUUCAGCCCUGGCCUUUGUGUAUCUGGUGUCAGAGGAGGUCCUGGAUGUGUUUGACUUGAAGGUGUACAACACAUCACCCGCUGGUCAGCAGAGAUUGUUGCCGGUAGUCCAGUACUGCAGGAAGGCCAUACUGGACUGUUGUAACCUUACAGAGAAGUCAUGUGACAUUGUGGCCUCAGCUCUGCAGUCAGUCCCCUCACACCUGAUAGAGCUGGACCUCAGCUGCAAUAACCUGGGAGAUUCACGACUGAAGCUGCUCUCUGCUGGGCUCAUGAGUCCAAAGUGUAAACUACAAAGAUUGGACCUUGGCUGCAAUAGCUUUGGUGAUUCAGGAGUGAAAUUGCUCUGUUCUGGGCUGAGUCCGGACUGUAAACUACAGAGACUGGGGCUGUCAAACUGUCAAAUCAAAGAAAGAGGCUGUGUUUCCCUGGCUUCGGUGCUGUGUUCAAACCCCUCAUACCUGACAGAGCUGGAUCUGAGCUACAAUCACCUUGGGCAAUCUGGAGCUACAGCUCUCUGUGCUGGACUGAAGGACCCCAGCUGUAAAGUGGAGACACUACUCUUGAGGCAGAGUAAUCUCACAGAGAGCUGCUGUAUGGACCUAGCCUCAGUGCUGCGUUCACCCCACUCAGAGCUGAGAGAUCUGGAGUUGAGGGACAAUAACCUGCAGGAUUCAGGAGUGAGAGCUCUCUCUGCUGGGCUGGAGGACCCACACUGUAAACUGCAGAAACUAGGGCUGUCAGGCUGUCAAGUCACAGAGAAAGGCUGUGCUUCUCUGGCUUCUGCUCUGCAUUCAAACCCCUCCCACCUGAGAGAGCUGGAUCUGAGCUACAAUCACCCAGGAGACUCAGGAGUGAGAGCGCUCUCUGCAGUACUGGAGGACCCCAGCUGUAAACUGGAGACACUGCAUGUGGACCAUGGAGGAGAGAGCAGGAACAAACCAGGACUGCAGAAAUAUGCCUGUCAGCUCACAUUGGACCCCAACACAGCACACAGGAAUCUAUCUCUGUCUGAGGGUCACAGGAGGGUGACAUGGGAGAUGGAAGACCAGUCAUGUUCUGAUCACCCAGAGAGAUUUGACCAGAAGCCCCAAGUGCUGUGCAGAGAGGGUCUGUCAGGACGCAAUUACUGGGAGGUUGAGUGGAAAGGGGGUGGACUAGAAAUAGGAAUGGCAUAUAAAGAAAUCAGCAGGAAAGGACAGAGUGAUGACUGUGAACUUGGACAUAAUAAGAAGUCCUGGAGUCUGUCCUACAAUAAAGGCCUUUACACUGUUUGUCACAAUAGGAAGAGCACAGACAUAAAACCCUUCACCCUUCCCUCUAACAAAGUGGGAGUCUAUCUGGACUGGCCAGCUGGCACUCUGUCCUUCUACAGCAUCUCCUCUGACACAGUGACCCUCCUGUACACGUUCCACGCCAAGUUCACUGAGCCCCUCUAUCCGGGGUUUUAUGUUUGGGCUCAGUCCUCAGUGUCCCUGUGCCAGGUAGAGUAGAGGUAUUUAUAGAUGCACUCAUGUCUCCACAAGGAACAUACUUGUAUCAACCACACACACACACAAAUAUACCCACAAGCACACAAAGAGAUUCUCACACAAACAUAUAAAUAUGUAGACACGUAUGUACCCUAUAUGUACGGAUUCAUAAUUAGCCACUCGUACACAAAAUUCGAUUUAUAAAUCUUGCUGUAUGAUUUUGCUAAUAUUUCACUACUUUUAGCCGAUUACAAAUGUUUGUCAUUCUCAAGCCCAUUCUUAGGCCCUGCUGAAAGAGUGCUAAAAUCUGGUGCAGUUACCUAAUACAGGGUGCCAUGUUCUACAUUAUUAUUUUGAGACCAGACAAACAGGAAAAAAUGAGAGCUGUUUUAUAGGGUUUGUAUGACAGCAGUGUGAUUGUUAGCUUUGGGGUGUGGAUUUGUGCAAUUGCUUUGUUCAGCGCAAUACUGAACGCAAUACCACAGGGUGAAAGGUAUUUUUAAUGCAUACUGUGACGGAGCGACAUUCUUACCGUCACUAAAAAUAGCGCUUAUGGGUGCGAUAGAUAUUAAUGCGAGUGCUACUUUUAAAUAAUGGACUAUUUACUUUUUACUUUCGCUUUCUAAUGAAUGUUUGGUAUCGGCAAUGUUGCGAAAAUAUUGUCUGGGUCGUUUGUAAAUGUGCCGCGGUAUGGACUGUUUAAAAUAACGCGGAAACAACUGGAGAGAGUGAGAUAAAUCUUUUAAUGGACAUUACGAGUUGAGUGGAGGAGAUCACGGGUGUAAUGGCAUGAUGCGCGCUGUGCCAUCAGCCCAGGUCUUCACACACAAUGAGGACGG